UUGCGUCGGCUCCUGUCGCGUCAGAUCGGCGCCUGGCGUUCACACAGCCCGCACAGCCGUCAGAUAUCGGAGGCGCGCGCUGUCUUGAGCGCUCGUUUGUGCCGCUUGCCCCGCCACUAGAGUGAGUGGCCACUCUUGAGGACGUUACAUUUCUCUACGAUCGCACCGCCAUGUCCGACCUUCGACGAGUGCACCGUUUCCGCGACCAUGCCGUCGCAGGCGUCAACUGGCGACCGACCCGCUUUGUCGACGAGGUGCCCAGUCUGCGUGUGUGUUGCCUCUGCCGCAUGAUUCCCAAGACGGUGCUGGCGCUUCCCUGCGGCCACCUCCUAUGCCAGUCGUGCCUCGCAGCCAGCUCCCACGGAAGCGGUGGACGGUGUCCCUUGGGUCGAGAGCCGUUCAAAGAAGCGGAAUGUUCUACCUGUGAUUUGCCUGUGAGAGCAGUGAACGCCUUGAAGGUUCACUGCUGGAAUGAAAGCCAUGGAUGCAAAUUUGAGGGAGCCAUGGAGGUCAUGCUGCGACACUAUGAAAACGAAUGCACAUUCCACACCGUGGAGUGUUUCCGAUGCGACGACCAAGUCCUGCACAGCGAACUGCCAGCGCACUACUCAGCCGGAUGCAGUGCAGCUGUUUCCCUGGCUUGCCCGAAGAACACCUCAUCGGACUCUCAAGCCUUCACCAUCCGAGAUGUGAUGGGUGUGCUCGUAGAAAUGAAGACGCUGCUGAGGGGCGCCAAUCAGGAGCCGCUGCUACCUGCAAUGCAGAGUCAGGUGAAUGAGCUGACUGAGCGGAUCAGGAACCUGGAAUCCAGGUCGGCCGCAAUCCCUCAAGCUAUCGCGGCAACUGCGACGUCGGGUUUCGCUCAAGUCGCUGCACCGAGUCCCUCGGCCUCGCAGAAAAAGGAAACUUCUAAGCAGACUGCUACUGAAGAGGCAGGCGCGUCAUCGACGUCCCAGUCCUGCUUAGAAGAAAACUCGAAGCCCCUUGUGGACUUGCCACAAGAAGUUCUCAAAGCCAUGCGCAAAACAACUUCACAAGAUUAUCCUCGGCAUGUCAUUACUUAUAUCUGUGAGGAGGCUGAAUGUCAUUUAGAGUUUGACGGGCUGUUGCCAACUGCGGUUGCGUGGUGGGAAGUGCCCGGAACCGUGAAAUAUGUUCUGACGCUCGAUAAAUUUUACAUUUUCCCGUCGUUCAACGCAGACAAAGUGGCCGAUCUCACAGUGUUGCACACAAGGGAUGCCUACUUGACACUUACAGUCUUCACUUUUCGCGGGCGCGUUCGUGUGGAUAUUUCGCUUCAUGGCAUGCGUGGAGGAUCUCAAUGGCUGCGCCCCGUUUUCUCCGUCAAGGCGUACAGUCUGACAACGGGGAACAUUGUUCCACUGUCGACUUCCGAAGAGCUGCAGGACUGUACGCACGAUCGAGACUUUUGGACGCAUCGUCGCCGCAUAUACGACAUAAACUUUUUUGCCCUGGCACCGAUAGGCACCCCAACAGCCGGAAUAAAAUUAGAAAUCGAGCUUUGUUGUCAAUAA